GGCUCCCAACUAGAGCAAUAGAGGUAGAAGUUUUCCCACUCCAAUUCUCCAUAUUCUCAAAUUGGGCGUGCUUGGGUUGUCUCUGCUGCUCUUGGGUUCAUAAUAGAAGAUUGAAUUAAGCAACCCAUUGGUGCCAUGGAAGCGAAAAACCCAGUGAAAAAAUCGAAACUUGGGAAGAGGAAAAGUGAUGAGGGAAGCGGGAAAAGCUCCAAGUCUGGAGGUGAAGCAAAAGAGCAUAAGGAACAACUUGAAAGACUUCAUGAAAAGGACCCAGAGUUCUAUGAUUACUUGAAACAGCAUGGCGAGGAACUUCUACAGUUUGCUGAUGAGGACAUUGAAGAUGAUUCCGAUACUAACUUGGAAGACGAAGAGACGCAAGAAGGUGAUGAGAUAGAAGAGGAUGAAGAGACUAUCGAUCAUGAAGUCAAAAAGAAGGGAAAGGACACACCUAAAAAGGUUGUGACUACUGAAAUGGUUGAUUCUUGGUGCAACACGAUUCAAGAAACUGGGAAAUUGAGUGCUAUUCAUUCUCUUAUGAAAGCUUUCCGCACUGCCUGCCACUACGGUGAUGAUAAAGAGGAUGAGUCUACGCUAGAUUUUAGUAUUAUGUCUAGCAGUGUCUUCAAUAAAGUGAUGGUAUUUGUUCUUAAUAAUAUGGAUGGAAUAAUUCGGAACUUGUUGGAGCUCCCUGCCUUUGGCGGCAAGAAAGAGACCAUUAUAGAUCUUAUGACCACAAAAAGAUGGAAGAACUACAACCAUUUAGUGAAGUCAUAUCUUGGAAAUGCUUUACAUGUCUUGCGUCAAAUGACUGAUACAGACAUGAUAUCAUUUACUUUACGGCGUCUUAAACAUUCCUCCAUAUUUUUGGCUGCUUUUCCAAUUCUCCUGCGGAAGUAUGUUAAGACUGCCAUUGAUUUGUGGGGUUUAGGUGGAGGUGCCCUCCCGAUUUCCUCCCUACUAUUUUUAAGAGAUCUGUGCAUUCGUCUCGGAUCUGAUUGCUUAGAUGAAUGCUUCAAGGGGAUCUACAAAGCAUAUGUCUUGAACUGCCAGUUUAUGAAUGCAGCAAAAUUACAACAUGUCCAAUUUCUUGGAAAUUGUGUAAUUGAACUUUAUGGAGUAGACCUCCCCACUGCAUAUCAACAUGCCUUCGUUUUUAUUCGGCAAUUAGCAAUGAUUUUGCGAGAGGCACUAAGUUCAAAAACUAAGGAAGCAUUUCGAAAGGUUUAUGAGUGGAAGUUCAUGAACUGCCUUGAGCUCUGGACCGGAGCUGUCUGUGCCUACGGCUCAGAAGCUGACUUUAGGCCUGUUGUAUAUCCCUUGGCCCAAAUAAUCUAUGGGGCAGCACGUUUAGUUCCAACUGCUAGGUAUUUGCCUCUUAGAUUGCGUUGUAUUAGAAUGCUUAAUCGAAUUGCUGCGUCCACGGGUACUUUCACGCCAGUUUCUAUGUUGCUUUUGGACAUGCUUGAAAUGAAAGAAUUGAAUAGGCCCACCACAGGUGGUGUAGGCAAAGCUGUUGAUUUGCGUACUGUACUUAAGGUUAGCAAGCCAACCUUGAAGACCCGAGCUUUUCAGGAGGCAUGUGUGUUGUCUGUUGUUGAUGAGCUUGCUGAGCAUUUAGCGCAGUGGAGCUAUUCCAUUGCUUUCCCCGAGUUGUCCUUUAUACCAGGUGUGCGAUUGCGUAGCUUUUGCAAAUCCACCAAAGUUGAAAGGUUUCGGAGAGCAACAAGGGAGCUUAUACGUCAGAUCGAGGCUAAUUCACAGUUUAUAACUGAAAGGCGCAAGGCAAUCUCAUUUCUACCUAAUGAUCCUGCAGUUGUAUCUUUUCUUGAGGAGGAGAAAAAAUCAGAGGCUAGCCCUCUAUCCCAGUAUGUUACAACUCUACGCCAAAUAGCACAACAAAGAUAUGAUUCAUUGGUGGAAUCCAGUGUUCUUGUGGGGGAGAAUUCAGCUGUGUUUGGAAAGAGGAAAAUACAAGAGAGUGAUGAAGAAGAUGACACUAGGGACGAGGAAGCCAGUACUGUGUUCAGUUCGUCCUGGUUACCUGGAGUUGAUACCAAGAAAAAAGAACCUAAAGAUGGGAAAAAUAAGAAAAAGAGAAAGACAGAGCAAGAGGAACGGGUAGCCAUUGAUGAAGAUAUUGUUGAGGAGUUGGUCCUCAGCUCUGACGAAGAAGACGAGCCUUUAAGUGAGUCCCUUUCAGAUGAGGACGAAGAAGAGAGGAAGCCAGCACCAUCAAAACCAGAAAACAAGAAGCAGAAACCAUUUACGAAUCCAUCAAAGAAGAAAGGAAAAUCUCAGGCAAAGAAAUCAAGGAAGAGAAAGAGCGCCAAGUGAAGAUACAAAAUGCCGUUAGUUAUGAUAAUG